GUAAAGGAAAUGAUAACUGAGGCAUGGAUACAGACAGAAGCCGGUAAAACCCAAGUGCCUUCACUCCUUCUCUCUCUCUGCCGCGGAGAGAUUUCGUUUUCAAUAACUAGUGACGAAGACUAAAGCACAUGCGUCCAAGAAAUUUGGGGUUGCCAUUGCUCGUUUGACCUUCGAUUAAUUAACCGAAGAAAAUCCCACUUCAAGUUCAACAUUGUCAUAUUGGACACAGUUGAGAACAGGUUAAUUAAGAAGCUUAAGACACGUUCAUCAAAGCCAUGCUCGUAUGAAACAAAAUUGACAAAAUGUGCACACUUUAGAGGGUGUUCAAAGCUUGGCAUUGCAAUGAAAUGCUUUAUGUUUACAACACUACCAUCUGGAUUAGAAGUUUCCACAUUGCAGAUAUAGAUAUAUCUAAAAAAUAGUCCAAAUUGAGUUCUGGAUUUGGAUUCUUUUUGUUAAUUACUUUUCCAUCAGCCUAGAAAAACAAUGAGGGAGGUUGUGAUUAUUGCAGUUGCUGCUACACUGGGGAAUCUGCUGGUUGGAUGGGAUAGUUCAACCAUUGCAGGGGGCAUGAGUUACAUCAAACAAGAGUUCAAAUUGGACAGCGACCCUACACUGGAGGGGCUAAUCGUGUCGACACCAUUCAUCACGGGCACAGUUGUUACAAUAUUCUCAGGGACAGUUUCGGACAUUCUUGGAAGGCGUCCAAUGCUGAUAGCAUCAUCGGUCAUGUUUUUCUUGAGCGGUUUGGUGAUGCUUUGGGCCCCUAAUGUGAGUGCGGUUCUGUGUUCAAGGCUAUUGGAUGGAGUUGCCAUUGCACUUGCCAUAACACUCACUCCUCUCUACAUAUCAGAGAUUGCACCACCUGACAUCAGAGGCACUCUCAACACUCUCCCACAGUUUUCAUGCUCCGCGGGGAUGUUUGUGGCCUACGUCAUGGUCUUCUGCAUGUCCUUGACGGACGCACCAAGUUGGAGAGCAAUGCUUGGUGUUGUGUCUGUUCCUUCUGUUGCUUAUUUCUCUCUGGCCAUGUUUUAUCUCCCUGAGUCUCCUCCUUGGCUUGUCAGUAAAGGGAGAAUCCCUCAGGCUAGGAAAGUUUUGCAAAGGAUUCGAGGCACUGAAGAUGUUUCAGGGGAACUGGCUCUACUGUCUGAGGGAAUGAGUCCUGGGGGUGAAGGCACCACAAUAGAAGAGUACAUGGUAGCCCCUGCAAGUGACCUCAUGGCAACAAAGGAAGCAGGUAGGGAUUGCAUAAAGCUCUAUGGACCCAACCAAGGAGGGGUUUCAAUGGUUGCACAACCACUGAGUGGACAAGGUAGCAUGUUAUCACGAAGCAUGUUAACCUUGUCUCGCCAGGGAAGCCUCGUUGCUCAGGCUCAAAACCUCAAAGACCCUUUAGUCAGCCUCUUUGGAAGCCUGCACGAGAGUGUUAACCCCCUAGAGCUUGGUGCCUCAAGAAGCACGCUGAUGAUUGAGCCUGAUCAGAGCCCCUUUGGGACCAGUGACAACCUGCAUGCACCACUGCUUUCGGCCCAAGUAAGCAUUGAUAAGGCUUUGGGGGAGAUACCUAAGAACACUGACAUUGGUGGGGGGUGGAAACUGGUUUAUAAGACUUCUGAGGGUGGGAAAAAUGAUGGGAAACUACAAAGGGUUUAUCUGCGUGCGGAUACUAAUGCGGCGUCUCAGCAUGGUUCGUUUGUUACUGGUUCUGGCUAUGACUUGCAUGUAGAUGGUGUUGGUGCUGGUGGUGCUGGUGGUGAGUCUUUUCAGGCGGCUGCACUUGUCAGCCACUCGGUUCUCAUCCCUAAGGAUGUCAACAUUAAACAAGAAGUUGCUUCUGCCAAACGCAAAGGUUUAGGAGAUUUGUUUGAUACAGGAGUCAAGCGGGCAUUGACUGUUGGAAUUGGACUGCAACUUCUUCAGCAGUUUGCUGGCAUAAAUGGAUUUCUAUACUAUGCUCCCCAGAUUCUUGAACAAGCAGGUGUUGGGGAUCUUCUGUCACAUUUGGGCUUUACUCCAACAUCUGCUUCGUUACUCGUAAAUGUCGUUACAACAUUCACUAUGCUUCCUUGUAUAGCCAUUUCCAUGAGGCUCAUGGAUGUUGCAGGCAGGAGGUCAAUAUUGCUAUACACAAUACCAAUCUUGAUAGUGUCUCUGAUGAUACUAGUAGUACGGAACUCAAUCCCCAUGAGUUCUACCCUGAAUGCAAUAAUCACUGCAGCAAGUGUUAUGGUGUACGAAAGCUGCUUCUGCAUGGGACUUGGUGUGAUUCCCAACAUCUUGUGUUCAGAAAUCUUCCCAACAAGUGUUCGUGGAAUAUGCAUUUCUAUUUGCUCCCUUACAUUUUGGAUCUGCAUCUUGAUAGUCACUUCUACAUUUCCCUUCUUGAUCCAGCUCCUUGGUCUCACUGGGGUCUUUGGAUUGUACGUUGUUGGGUGCAUCCUUGCAUGGAUAUUUGUCUACUUGAAAGUUCCUGAAACUAAGGGCAUGCCUUUAGAAGUCAUCAUUGAGUUCUUCUCUAUUGGUUCAAAGCCUGAAUGAAACGUACUAAUGAUGAAAUCAUACUCGUAAUUAUCAUCACAUGAAGCAGGAAAAUUAAGAAGCAUUUACCAUUGACUUCCCAAGUUUAAUUGCUUUGGAGUCCCCUAAUAUCGUGGCUGAAAAUUUUGUUGGUGGAAGAUUGUAACCAUAUGAUAUACGUUUGAAUACAUAUCGGGAAGAUUUUACUUUUUUGUCCUAUGAAAAGAAGAGUUUAAUAAUCUAAAAUUUGUUUAGACACCAAUGUAAUUGUACUUAGACUAUUCAAUAUUCAUUCCUUGGACUCUGUAUUUUUGCCACGAGUGUCCAAAUGAUGAUAUGUUUCAGACAUUUGAGCUCUGAAAAGCUUGUUGGAUUCUUUCAAUGUAGGUAU